CUGCAUGAAGCAGACAUCUCUAAAGCUGUAUGUAGUGAGGUCUGGUCAUACGAGCCACCAGAAAAGACAAAUGGCACUAAAAUUAGUACAGAUUCAUACUUCAUAACGCACUUACUGUAUGUAUCUGUGAGUCUGCUCCUUUUCACAGUGCACCUUCUGGAGGAAACUUGUCAUACAGCCAGUAACCCUCAAAUGAGGAGGGCUAGCUAGCUAGCUGCACGAUGAGUUCCCAAGAUAUGUUGAAGAAUGCCUCCACUCUCGCAUCAUACAAUGUCUUGCUUCAGGUAAAGUAGCUAGCUAUUAUAAUUAGCUAUGUCAUACUCAUUUUUGCACUUGAUGACAAUAGUGUCCUUGCUAAAAUUCCUUAUAUCCACACCCUCAGAGUAACAUGUGGAGGACAUGCUUUUAAGGUAGUUGUAGAAGAAAUAUCCUUUUAUGUAGCAAUUUUUCUGAAUGCCUAGAUUGUGUAGCAGUUGUUAAUUAGAUUAGUGUGUGUGUGUGUUGUCCUAAGGCAUUGAGUAAUACAAUAUUCAAGUAGCAGAAAGACAUCCACAUGUUACAUGACUGAUUACAUUUCUACCCAUUGCAUAUCUAUCUAUGUGCAUAGUGAAUAUGUUCCUGGUGAUUUUUAGGUCAUGUUUCGUGUGCUCACCUUUUUGCUGAACGCAUUCACGCUGCGCUUUGUGUCCAAAGAGCUGAUUGGCGUGGUCAACGUCAGGUAAGAUUGUUUUACUCUUGGGCAAUUCCAUGAUAAGAGUGAUGCUGGGAUUCAGAUUUUUCACUUUAAAAUGUAUGCCAAACAAAAAACAAUGAUAUCAAAGUUAAACAAACCAUACAACUCUAUGCACAAGGACGACUUUGAACAAUUUCCACUGAAACUUUUACAAAAACACAUUUACUUGAAGAACAGUGCAGAAGCAAAGUUUAGUGAGUUGUGUGGUUUGUUUAACUUUGCAAUCAUUGGUUUUGGUUUGACAUACAUUUUAAAGUGGAAAAUCUGAGUCUCAGCAUCAGUCUGUUACUGUGGAAUUGCCUUCUGUUUAAUAUUACACCUGCUGCAAUAUGAGCUGUCCAAACCUGCAGUUAAACAAAAACUAACACCACUACAUACUGUGUGUGCAUGUGUGUUUGCACGUGUGUGUGUGUGCAGGUUGACACUGCUGUACUCCACGCUGGUCUUCUUGUCCAGAGAGGCCUUCAGGAGAGCCUGUUUGAGUGGCGGAACAGAUCACAACUGGAGACAAGUAAUCAACCUGCUAUGGCUGACGUGAGUGUGACUAUAGGGGAGCAACUGCUGCACAGUGUUGAAUGGCUCUGGUCAGAACAUACACAGUUGGGUCUUUCAUCAGCACUAUCUACACAACUUAUGAUUGUGUGUGUGUGUCAUCCUCCCAGGUUGCCGCUGGGUGUACUAUGGGCAUCUCUCCUGGUGUGUGUGUGGCUGUGGCUCCUGGAGGUUCCAGAUCCCCUGACUAUCCCCCACUACGGCCCCGCUGUGGGGCUCUUUGCCCUGGCCGCACUGCAGGAGCUGCUGGCUGAGCCUCUCUGGGUCCUGGCUCAGGCCCACAUGUUUGUCAGGCUGAAGGUGGUUGCUGAGAGCCUGGCCAUGGUGGCUAAGUGUGUUCUGACAGUGGUGCUGGUGGUCUCUGCUCCUCAGUGGGGGCUCUACAUCUUCUCUGCUGCUCAGGUACAUACGCACACAGCCCCGUCCUUUACACAAUGAUCUUAUGUUUGUCUAUUUAGCGCAAGCGGUUACCCACCUUUUGCAGAAAAAAUGCAUUGAAAGUAUAGGCAGCAUUACUUAAUUCACCGCAAUCAGUAUUUACCCACUUUUUUUUAAAACCACUACAUCACUGGUUACAAGGGAGUAUGGUUAGAGGGUGUGUGCAUAGAUGGUAUUGUCAAAAAGAUGAAGUGGUCACGGAGUAAGGUUGUGUUAGUAAAUAUUAAUCUGUAUAUGUGGAGAUGGUAUUGCAUGCAAUCCUCAUAAAUCACUGUGGACGAGUGUCUACUAAGCUAACUGUUAUACUGGCCUGUCCUUCGUAGCUGGUGUACACAGGGUUCCUGGUGCUGUGCUACAUUGUCUACUUCCUGCGUUUCCUGGGCUCUGGGGAGGCCAACAGGAAGUUCUUCCCCCUGCGGCGUGUGGCAGACCUGCUGCCCUCCAGAGUUGAAGGAGAGGUAACAUUCACCACAACAGCCAUAACCCUGUCACUCACAGCAUAUACUCCUCACUGAGCUAGUAUACAGUAUACCCGAAAGCAAUUGGUCGUAUUAACUGACAUAAAUAAAUUAUAAAUUGAUUGUUUGGUUAAUUCAUUCAUUCUUCCAUAUACUAUGUCAGGUCACAAUUGUGUGUGCUAUGUCAUACCGCUGUGUGUGUGUCUGUAGCCUGUGAUUGACUGGACGUUGGCCAGGCUGACGUGGAGCUUCUUCAAGCAGUCGUUCCUGAAGCAAAUCCUGACGGAGGGCGAGCGUUAUGUCAUGACCUUCCUCAACGUGCUGAGCUUCGGGGAGCAGGGCGUGUACGACAUUGUCAACAACCUGGGCUCAAUGGUGGCCCGUUUCAUCUUCCUGCCCAUCGAGGAGAGCUUCUAUGUCUUCUUCGCCAAAGUCCUGGAGAGGGGGCGGGACGUCAGGCAGCAGAAACAGGUCAGAGGGAAGAGUCAGGCAAUCAAAACAUGUCACUCAUUUCACCAUUUGUCAGUGGCCAAUGAUAAAUAAAGUUGUCUGACACACACACGAUAGCUCAUGCAGGUGCAUUGAUGCCGCUUGCUGAUUGGUCUGCAGGAUGAGGUUGCCAUAGCAGCUGAAGUUCUGGAGUGUCUGCUGAAGCUGGUGCUUGUGAUUGGCCUGAUCAUCACAGUGUUUGGUUACGCCUACUCUCACCUGGCUCUGGACAUCUAUGGGGGAUCUCUACUGAGCAGUGGUGCAGGUGAGUCAACUAACCAAGUGAGUCAACCACCAUAGUAUAAUAUAAUAUAUAAUAAUAUAAUAUAGUCAACUGAAUCACUGGAGUUAUAGAGAGAUAAAGGAACUCAUUCAGCAAUUAUUUGAAUAAUCUAAUUCCUCAAGCUAUUGGUUUUAUGUGAGUGGUUGUGUGUAAUGAUAUGUGUGUUAAAUUGAAGGGCCCAGUCUGUUGCGAUGCUACAGCUCCUAUGUGCUCCUGCUGGCCAUUAAUGGAAUUACUGAGUGCUUUGUCUUUGCUGCCAUGAGCAAGGAAGAGGUUGACAGGUGAGAGAAGGCAGGUACACACACACACACACACACACAGUGUGUAUCAGGUUGCUAACGUUGCUCUCUCGUCUGUCCCCAGGUAUAACCUGGUGAUGUUGGCUCUGUCUAUCUCCUUCCUGCUCCUAUCCUACAUGCUGACGUGGUGGGCAGGGGGCAUUGGCUUCAUCCUGGCUAACUGUCUGAACAUGGGCCUGCGUAUCCUCCACAGCCUGUUCUUCAUCCACCGCUACUUCCUGUCCAGCCAGUGGACGCCUCUGCGCGGCCUGAGGCCCUCCCCUCUUCUGCUGCUGGCUCUGGCUCUCAGUGCAGUCCUCACUGCCAUCUCUGAGGUACCACACUAUAACUGCUCUCCUCACUGCUUUACUGUACACACCAGAGGAGGCUGGUGGGAGGAGCUAUACGAGUAUGGGCUCAUUGUAAUGGAAUAAAAGGAGCGGAGUCAAACAUGGUUUCCAUAUGUUUGAUGUGUUUGACACGUUCCAUUAAUUCCAUUCUAGCCAUUACAAUGAGCCUGUCCCCCUAUAGCUCCUCCCACCAGCCUCCUCUGGUACACACCACAUACUGUAUACACCAGCCAAUCACAUGUCAGCCAAUCACACUUAAGUCUGUCACUCACAUUUAAUAAAACAGUUAUUGUUUCUCCCUUACAAUCAUAGAAAUGGGAGUUAGGAUACAAACUAUACAGUGGGGGAAAAAAGUAUUUAGUCAGCCACCAAUUGUGCAAGUUCUCCCACUUAAAAAGAUGAGAGAGGCCUGUAAUUUUCAUCAUAGGUACACGUCAACUAUGACAGACAAAUUGAGAUUUUUUUUCUCCAGAAAAUCACAUUGUAGCAUUUUUAAUGAAUUUAUUUGCAAAUUAUGGUGGAAAAUAAGUAUUUGGUCACCUACAAACAAGCAAGAUUUCUGGCUCUCACAGACCUGUAACUUCUUCUUUAAGAGGCUCCUCUGUCCUCCACUCGUUACCUGUAUUAAUGGCACCUGUUUGAACUUGUUAUCAGUAUAAAAGACACCUGUCCACAACCUCAAACAGUCACACUCCAAACUCCACUAUGGCCAAGACCAAAGAGCUGUCAAAGGACACCAGAAACAAAAUUGUAGACCUGCACCAGGCUGGGAAGACUGAAUCUGCAAUAGGUAAGCAGCUUGGUUUGAAGAAAUCAACUGUGGGAGCAAUUAUUAGGAAAUGGAAGACAUACAAGACCACUGAUAAUCUCCCUCGAUCUGGGGCUCCACGCAAGAUCUCACCCCGUGGGGUCAAAAUGAUCACAAGAACGGUGAGCAAAAAUCCCAGAACCACACGGGGGGACCUAGUGAAUGACCUGCAGAGAGCUGGGACCAAAGUAACAAAGCCUACCAUCAGUAACACACUACGCUGCCAGGGACUCAAAUCCUGCAGUGCCAGACGUGUCCCCCUGCUUAAGCCAGUACAUGUCCAGGCCCGUCUGAAGUUUGCUAGAGUGCAUUUGGAUGAUCCAGAAGAGGAUUGGGAGAAUGUCAUAUGGUCAGAUGAAACCAAAAUAUAACUUUUUGGUAAAAACUCAACUCGUCGUGUUUGGAGGACAAAGAAUGCUGAGUUGCAUCCAAAGAACACCAUACCUACUGUGAAGCUUUGGGGCUGUUUUUCUGCAAAGGGACCAGGAUGACUGAUCCGUGUAAAGGAAAGAAUGAAUGGGGCCAUGUAUCGUGAGAUUUUGAGUGAAAACCUCCUUCCAUCAGCAAGGGCAUUGAAGAUGAAACGUGGCUGGGUCUUUCAGCAUGACAAUGAUCCCAAACACACCACCCGGGCAACGAAGGAGUGGCUUCGUAAGAAGCAUUUCAAGGUCCUGGAGUGGCCUAGCCAGUCUCCAGAUCUCAACCCCAUAGAAAAUCUUUGGAGGGAGUUUAAAGUCUGUGUUGCCCAGCGACAGCCCCAAAACAUCACUGUUCUAGAGGAGAUCUGCAUGGAGGAAUGGGCCAAAAUACCAGCAACAGUGUGUGAAAACCUUGUGAAGACUUACAGAAAACAUUUGACCUGUGUCAUUGCCAACAAAGGGUAUAUAACAAAGUAUUGAGAAACUUUUGUUAUUGACCAAAUACUUAUUUUCCACCAUCAUUUGCAAAUAAAUUAAUUAAAAAUCCUACAAUGUGAUUUUCUGGAUUUUUUUUCCUCGUUUUGUCUGUCAUAGUUGACGUGUACCUAUGAUGAAAAUUACAGGCCUCUCUCAUCUUUUUAAGUGGGAGAACUUGCACAAUUGGUGGCUGACUAAAUACUUUUCUUCCCCACUGUAUAUCUAUUCUUAUCACAUACUCAGAGAGAAUAGUGAGACAGAUUGUCUUAUCUCUUUAUGUAUUUAUUUACCAUAAAAUUGGAUUUCCCAUCUGUCUGUACUCUGCUGUUUCAGGGUGUGUUCUGUUGUGACGGAGGAUGGUUACUGAGGCUGGUUCACAUCGCCGUGGGGGCCUGGUGUCUACUGGGUGUACUUGUCACUGUCAUUCUCACAGAGACAAAACUCGUUCAGUUUGUUCGGACUCAGCUCUUACCUCGCUAUGGGAAGAAACACACCUAAACCUGCCCAGCAGAGGAGUAACCUGCCAGCUAUAAUGGCAGAGAGGAAAGGAGAGAGAGACAGAAUGAACAGAAUGGUAGAAGGAUAGAUAGAGCUGAAGAUAGUGACUUGGAGGGGAAUGUGGAAACCGCUGCAAUCCUAAGUGACCCUGUCAUGGACUGAGGGUGAAGUUGGAAUGAGCAGCUCACUGGCCAAAAAUGGUUUACCGGUAAUUGUUUCUGAAUGUGUGUGUAUCUCUGUGUGUGUGUACAGUCAGGUCAAAAAAUAUU